AAAAAACUUUAAACAUGCUUGUUGAAUAUCAUCCAUUAAAACUCUGUUCUUAUAUUCUAAACCUUAGACUUUCCUCUCUCCCAUAAAAAAUGACUUCAUCUCCUUCCUCAGAACAGCCACUGAUUCCCCUGCCUCUGAAACCCAUCCCCGGCAGCUAUGGCUUCCCCAUUUUUGGGCCGAUCAAAGAUCGCUACGAUUACUUCUACAUCCAAGGCAGAGAAAAGUUCUUCCGAACCCGAAUGGCUAAAUAUGAUUCCACUGUGUUUCGUACCAACAUGCCGCCGGGCCCCUUCAUCUCUUCCAAUUCCAAAGUCAUCGUCCUUCUCGACGCCCUCAGUUUUCCUAUCCUCUUCGACACCACUAAAGUCGAGAAACGCAACGUUCUCGACGGAACUUACAUGCCCUCCCUCGCCUUCACCGGCGGAAUUCGUACUUGUGCCUUUUUGGACCCUUCCGAAACAGAGCACUCUCUUCUCAAACGCCACUUCCUCAAAUUUCUUGCCUCUCGUCACCACCAAUUCAUUCCUCUGUUUCGAAGCUCCGUAUCGGAGAUGUUCAAUAAGCUUGACAGAGAAUUGGAAAAGAACAAAGUCGCCGAUUUCAACCCAGUCAGUGAUUCGGCCUCGUUCGAUUUCGUUUUCCGAUUGCUCUCCGACCGGAGCCCAGAUAAGAGUUUGAGCUCCAAGGGACCGGGUUUGGUCGAUCGAUGGCUCGCUUUGCAGCUCGCUCCGUUAGCCACCCUCGGUUUACCCAAAUUUCUCAGCUGCUUUGAAGAUAUCAUCAUCCAUACCUUCCGUUUACCAUUCGCACUCGCCAGAAGCGCUUACAGCAAGCUUUACGAAUCAUUUUACGAGUCAUCGGGUUCAUUUCUAGACGAAGCAGAGAAACAGGGGAUAAACAGAGAGAAAGCAUGUCACAAUUUAGUUUUUCUAGCUGGAUUCAACGCAUACGCCGGAAUGAAAGUGUUGUUGCCGAUUAUACUGAACUGGGUCGGAUCUGCCGGCGAGGGGCUUCACCGUAAACUCGCCGUUGAAAUCAGAGCCGCCGUGAAGGAAGAUGGAGGAGUAACAUUCAGCGCCUUAGAGAAGAUGAGUCUGCUGAAGUCCGUCAUCUAUGAGGUUCUGAGGAUCGACCCCCCGGUGCCGUACCAAUACGCGAAGGCGAAACAGGACAUUGUGAUCGAGAGCCAUGAUUCCGCUUUCAAGAUCAAGAAAGGGGAAAUGAUUUUUGGGUAUCAGCCGAUCGCUACGAAAGAUCCGAGGGUUUUUGAGAAUCCGGAGGAGUUUAUCGGUGACAGGUUCGUCGGAGAGAAAGGGGAGAAGCUUCUGAAGUAUGUUUACUGGUCAAACGGCCGGGAGACGGAGGAGCCGACAGCGGAGAAUAAGCAGUGCGCGGCGAGGGAUCUGGUGGUGCUGGUGUCCAGAGUAGUUCUAGUGGAACUUUUCCUUCGGUACGACACGUUCGCCGUCGAGGGAACUCAGUCGUCGUUGGGUUGGUCCGUUAAGGUCAAAUCGUUGAGCAAAGCCUCAUCAUAGUCAACGCUUGCACCAGGUUUCUGUAAACUUGACAGUACUGGAUUGUUGUAUAGGUUAAAAACAAAUAAAGAUUAAAAUUCAAAUUUUAAUCACGUACUUCCGUUUUGUCA